CCCAUGGCGUUCCCUGUCCUUCUGCUGCUGCUGGUGCUGGGCACAGGUACCCGUGCCACGACCACCGAGACAACCAUGGAGAUGGAAACCACCGAAACGACCACCGUGGAGAUGACCACGGAAAGCACCGCCAGCACCUGGCUGCCAAAUAUAUUCCCCAAAAGCACACGGGCCAGCCGGCCCCAAACCCCCGGCUUCCCCUACGCCACCGCGUCCCCUGGCAAAAACAGCACGAACUUCCAGUUUGGCAACCACUCCACCAGCAAUGCCACAUCCAAUGGCACCGUGGUGCCCGUCCCCAGCAGCCCAGCCAUCCCCCAUGCCAAUGCCACCUCAAACAGCAGCAGCUGGGCACCCCACCUUGGCACCAACGGCAGCUCUGCCGCUCCCACCGCCACGCACGGCAGCACCCAAGGCAACGGGAGCACCAGUGCUCAGGUCUUCCCCACCCAGAUAACGUCUGAGAGCAGCACAGCUCCCACCCAGGGUGGUCUCAACCCCAGCAAAACCUCAGCCCAGCUGCCUGGUCCUGUCCAGCUGCUCGUCCGUGUCCCGCUGUCCUUCCGGAUCAUCAACAGGAGCUUCAACGAGAGCCUGCGUGACCCAGCAUCAGAGGAUUACAGGAGCCUGAGCCGCACUGUCCUGACCAUGUUCCAACACGUCUUUGGCUGCCCGGGCUGCAUGGGCACGCAGACCUACACCGGGUGCAGUGAGCUGCAGUACAGCCAAGGCUCGGUGCAGGUCCAGUCCACCCUCGUGUUUGGGAACGGAAGCGACGCCGUCACUGCCGACGCUGCUGAGCAGCGCCUGAGGAAGAGCCUGGACCAGAAUGGCUUCAUCAUGGGCCUGCAGCUGGACAGCAUCCAGAGUUCUGCAACAGUGAUAUCCCCAGCUCCAGCGCCCAUGAUCCCGGACUGGGCCAUCGCUCUGUUGGUCCUGGUCAGCAUCCUGCUGCUCUUCACCAUCUUCACCUGCCUCCUCCUGAUGUCCACCUGCACGUGCCGCCGCAAGAGCCGAGGGAAGCUGGACCUGCUCAGCCAGAAGGAUUCCUACCACCCCAUGGCUGAGUACCUGCAGUACCAGAGCCACGGGCGCUACGUGUCCCCCAACAGCAAACCCAACCCCUACAGCCAGGUGGCCGGCGGCAGCACCACGAGGUCGGGCACCUUCACCUACACCAACCCCGCCGCCGGCUCCGACAACCUGUGAAGGGCUGGCUGGAAGGAGCGCGGCUGCCCAGGGGAGGGGGCAGCCCCAGCAGAGAGGCGCCCCCCGCUCCCGGGAGGGCAGCACCGGCCCCGGGCGCAUCCCCCGGUGCUGCCCGGCCGUGGGCAGCGGGAGCCGGACGGUUCUGGAGCAGCCGGAUUCGCGCACAUGACAGAACUGCACGAGCGGAGGUGGGAGAGGGAGGGAAAGAUCCCGCACACAGCCCACGGUCCCCGCGCUCGCUUGGCUUUGCAACCCCGCUCCCAUGCCAGGAGGACGGGGCUCGGGC